CGACUACUUCCACUUUAUUUAGAGGAGGGGCCUAAAUAUUUUGUGCAGCUAAGAAGGUGGCGAAAUAGACAUCAACAAUGCAGAGUUUUAUUUUUUAAUUCAAAAUUUAUUUAUGUAAAUUUCAUGUACCGUACCAAACAAGGCCAAGAAAGUUUAUAGGUCCAGACUGCUAUUAUUACAACAGUAGCCACUGAGAGUCAAUUAUAAUUCCAUGUAUUAAUUCCAUGUAACACUAUACACACCAAUAAUGGCUACAGCAAGACCAAAAGUAAAGCCUUACUAUAUCAGAGGAAGCAUUGUACCAUUUGAAGAAGAUGCAAUGCAUGAGUUUAAAGGUCAUAGAAAUUUGACCAUUGAGGAGUUACCCCCUUGGACUCAGGAGAGUAAAACAGAAAAAUCUUCUCGAAAGUCUGUUUCAAGGACAAUCAAUGCAUUUUUAAACACAGGAUAUGGUGGCACAGUGUAUCUUGGUAUAAUUGAUUCUGGUAAAGUUAGUGGUCUAAAGCUUACACAAUACCAGAAGGACCAUGUGACAGGUAGUUUACAAGAUUUAAUGGGUAGAUAUACACCACCUGUUAAAUCUCAUAGAUAUAAAAUUAAAUUUAUACCGGUAUUAUCCAAAGGUUACUCAGAGCAAGACAUUGCGAGACAAUGUUCUUAUGAUUCUAGUUCUGUGGUUGAUAUUACAGGUAGAUCAAGAGAACAUUUAUAUAGGACACACCGUUAUUGUUGGUGUGAUAACGACUCUAAUGCUCAACAUAACUGUGGAUUAUUAAUAGCUGAUUAUAUAAUAGAAAUAAGGAUUAAACCGUGGGAUUCAACUGAUCCUAGAAACAAAGAUCAUGGUAUGGGCACCUUAAUCAACCUUCAUCCUAUUCACGAAAAUGAAGAAGGAUCAGUUUAUUUUCGAAGACAAGCUAGUCUGGUUAAGUAUUCUAUAACAGAUAUUGUGCAAGUUACUAGAAAACAAGUCAAAGACAGUUGUAGAAAGGAAAUAGAGAGGUUAAAAAGAGAAAUAAAUCAAGCAUGCAAGAAAUAGUUUGAUGGAUGGUAGAAUUUCCUGAUCUUCUCUAUUUUUAAGAUGUAAUAUUAUAACAUUGUUAUUUUUUCAAUAUCUAUUUUGUUAACGAUAUUGAACAUAGAAAUUUUCCAUGUAGAUUGCUAUAUAAUGAUUUAUUGACAGAAAAUUGAAAAAUUGUAAUUAUAAAAACAUAUUAAGUUGAUGUAAUUAUUCAAAAAUGCCAUUUUACAUUUCUUGCUUAUCAAAUGUAGUUUUCCAUAAAGUUUUCUUGUCGUAGUUCAAGUCAAUAUUUGUUUAUGAGGAUGCUUGAUUGUGAGUCCAGAAGGCUCUAAAUUGACAUAAUUACAUUUGAGUAACAGAAUUGAGUUUGCCAGCUAGUUCUGAUAUAUAUGAACAUGCCAUUAAUAAUAGCUGAUAUAUGUCGAUAUCAUGUCAUUAGCUUAUAUUAAUCUAGUCUUCAUCUUACUACGGUACUAAAGACAUCUGCAACCAAUAAGAACAAUUUUGCAUAUAUAUUUAGUCUUUUUAAAUAAAACUUGGUAAUUAGAAUCUUGAAUGAUGUCAUUUAUAAUUCAAAAGUAAAAUUUCAGUACAGUAAAAAGAAAUAUCAAUAUUGUAUAAAAAAAUCUUUUUGAUUAUGCUUUGUAUAACAUGAAUUUUAUUGAAGUAAAUCAAAGAAAGUACUUAAAAAAAUCAGUCUAUUUGAAAACAAAAUAAAAAUAUUGAUAUGCCAAAUGUUUUGCCAUUUACGCGUAAAAUGUGUAUUUCAGUGUAUCAGGAUUUUUUUUGACAACCCUGAACACUUGAAUCUCAAUUGUUCAGAAAAGUACAUACGAAGCUAAGCAAAUGAAUGUUCUGUCCUGAUGUUAAUAUAUAUUUUUGUAUUUUAUACUAGUAGAUUUAGUUUUUAAUAUAGUAAUUAGUGGAUUUAAUAUUUUAGUAGAGUAUAGCUUUUUAGGAAAUUAUAUAUUUUUAUAAUUAAGGACCAAAAUCUAUUUGAUUUAAUUAAAAACUGAAGUGUUAAUUUGAUUAUCGGUACAUCUAAAGUUAUAUGUAGAUAUGGGAAAAGAGUAAACUCCAUAUGAUGAUAUUUUCAGCUUAAUGAACUCCACAGAAGUGUGGCUAAACUAAACUCCAUAUGAUUAAAUGUUCAGCUUAGUGACCUCCACAGAAGUGUGGCUAUAUAGCUUUCUUUUGUACUUGAACUGUCUACAGCACAAAUAUCUGUUGGAAUCUACCAUAGCUAUAACUUUUAAUGUAGCAUAUUUCUCCCCUGACCCAACACCACUAUUAUCGUACAAGAUCUUAACAAAUCAAUACUUCAUUUUCUCUUAAAUCAAAGAGGUUGUAUCCAUUUAGUAAAAAGAUUACUAAUUUAAUCUUAUAUAUGAAUCACACAAUUGUAAAUAUUUUUAAUGAUUUUUGAAUUCAUGUAUGCAGAGCCAUUUACACUAUGUUGUAAGAAAUUUGUCAAAGGUAAUUUCCUAUCAAGGUGGUCAGAUUGUGGAAACAAGUGUAGUCAAAACUGUGUUAAGUUUCCACAAACAAAAUUCACUUCCAUUUAGGUUUAAAACUUUAUUAAUAUGUUUAAAGUGCUUUUCUUUAACCUUUUCAAUGUAACAUCAUUUCAAAGGAGAGUCCGAGGUUGAUCCUAUUUCGACAGGUCAGGGUCCAUAUUCAAAGGAUAUCUUAAGUCUAAGAUAGUCACUUAAUUACUAGAUUUCACUUAAAUAUACGUAACUAUCUGUAAGUUAAGGGUAAGUGGUAUUCAAAGGCAAUGUUAAGUAUCAAAUUUUCCUUUAAAGUUAAGUUUAGUAUUUAGCGGUAUUCAAAGGCCAGUUUAAGUGAGAAAAAUCCAGUUAACUUUAAGUGACCCAUUGAAGGUAC